AGAGAGCGGAAGUGGAUUGAGCGAGGCAAUCUAAACUGGUGGAAAAGUGUUGAGGGGAGCAGUGUGAGACGACUGAGUCUCGUUCUGUCAUUCAGUUAGUUAUUUAGCAACGUUUGCCUUAUUUCUGUCACAGACACAGAGGUUUGAACAUGUCUAGCAAGAAAUCAAAAAAGAAAAAAAACAAAAAGGAGGAACGAGUCUCAUCGAGUUGUUUACAUGAAGACGAGAAAAAGGAGAGAGACAGUAAGAAACUCAGCAGCUCAAAGAGCCACACACAUCAUCGUCAUCAUCAUCGACAUGAAAGUGUUGAUAAAGAAAAAUCUAAAGGGAGGAGGGCCAGUGACUCAUCAACACAAAGCAUCAGUCUUAGUAAAGCGAGAUUGACAAAAACAGAUGUGGUUCCAAAAAAGAGCAAGGAAGAAGUUUCUUUGAAAAGCAAAGCAACUGAGAAUUCCAGGACUGUCAAAUCGCAUAUCACAGAAUACAAAGAAAAAGUGACUGCCAGAAGGAAACAUGACAAUACAAGCCCCACUAUCUCGGGUAAAAGCUUCAGUAGACACACUGCAACAAAUCAGCCUUCUUCCAAGGAGCUGGAGAGUCAGAGACAGAAGUUGGUAUCGAGGAGAUCAGCACCAGAGAAGCCCAAACCUGCACAUGAUGAUUCUCCCUCCAAGGAACAAGAGAAACGGAGGAAACUAUUGAAGAGGUCAUUAUCACCAGAGCAUCACACCGAUGUCAAGCGAAGAGAUGAAAAAAACGUGACCAGCAAUAGCUUGGCACAUCGGGAAUCUCAAUCAGAGGCUUUAAAGGAAAUGAGGAAGAAGUUGGUGAGCAGGAGGUCCAAAGAAUUUGAUCAGGCUGUCGGUGUAAAUACUUCUCAUGAUAAAACAGUGAAGUCUUUGCCGGUAGUGAAGCAUGUAGACUCUGCAACUAAACCAAAAUUACCAGAGGAUUGUUCACACAAGAAGCAAGAUGAAAGACAAUGCCCUGCUUUCAUGCCAAAAAUCAGUUUCAAGAUUCCAAAGAAGGCCAGUACUGUUAAAGCUCAGAGAAACACGGAUAUUUGGAAUGUCCAUUUGGCUUAUUCUCGUAGCAGGACUCGAUGUAACAGUCAGGCAUGUCUUACUGAAACCGUGGUGGCAGGAUCUCCAUCUACAAACACAUCUCUGGUCUCUAAGAGGCAAGAACAGACGCCACAGAAGGUUUUGGCCUCGACCUCUAACCCACUCUUUGGUAAUCGCUCGUCACAUCCUUUACAUUUAAAUUCAGUAGGUGCGGUUCAGCAGGUGCAGACGGAUAAAUCAAAAGACGUCACGACACCAAGCGUCACUUCCUGCAAGUUCCAGGAAAUAUGCAAUGCUUACAGAGACCCAAGAACAGAGCGAUCUUCAGUCCAAGGACAGAAACAAGAAUAUCAUUUGAAAACUCAGGAACCUGCAGAGACCUUUGACUGUGACCAUGAGAUGCAACUGGUGGAGGAGUUGCAUUUGGCACGCUCUGAGAGGCGACUGGAUCUCAACUUAGUGGAGAACUGCGGAGAGCUCACCUGCAUGGACAUUGAUCCACCAGAAGAGGGAACCAGCUUGCCCUUCAAUGAAGAGCAACAUCAACAGAGCCUCCUUAUCGUCCUUGAUACAAAUGUGCUGCUCAGCCAUCUGGAGUUUGUGAAGAAGAUCAGGUCACAUGGCCUUGCUGCGCUGGGGUUCCCCACUUUGCUCAUUCCGUGGGUGGUCCUGCAGGAGCUUGACUAUCUGAAGAGUGGCAAACUCUCCAGCAAUGUGGAGGGCAAAGCCAGGCCAGCAGUCCACUACAUCUACAGCUGCCUGAAAAACCAGGAGCCCAGACUUCUGGGCCAGUCAAUGCAGCAGGCCUCCCAGGCUGUCUGUGGGCCUGGUGUUGUAAAUAACGAUGACAGAGUUCUGGCGUGCUGUCUGCAGUACCAGGCUCUGUACCCAGAGGGCGCUGUAGUUCUUUGCACUGACGAUAAGAACUUGUGCAGCAAGGCUUUGCUUAGUGGGGUAAAAGCCUUGAGCAAAGCAGACCUAGUAAAAGAGGUUGAAGAAAACAGACUUUCGAUCAUAAACUACCUUUGUGCUCCACCUGCUGCAUCGACCACUGUUGGAAACGUAGAGAAAGACAAGAUUGUCUUGGCACAUAGACCUCCUGCAAGGGAGAAAUCACAGGAGAGGACACGUAACGAUCCAGCUGAGGAACCACAGCUGAGUGACUGUGUUUCAAUCCUGGAGUCCUGCCUCCAGGGGGCGCUGUCUGAGGUGCUGGAGGAAGAGAUGAAGGCCGCGUUUGGAGAGUUAUGGACUGAGAUAGUGUACGUCAAGCCUCCGUGGAAUCUGGAUGGUGUACUGAAGUGUUUUAAGAAGCACUGGAUCGCUGUGUUUGGAAUCAUUAUUAAGAGGAGCCUGCUCAGCUGCGUGGAGAUGCUGAGCGACUGUCUCUGUUCAAAUCGGUCCAUCGAGCGUGCAUCUGUACUCAGUGCUGUGAGAGGGGCUACAGAGCUCUUGUCUGCGCUGACUUGCAGAUCUCCGUACAGCAUGCGUGUGGAUCAGGCUCUCUCCACUUUACAUAUGCUGCAGCAAAGACUACAGUCUCCCAAAGCUUCUCUACAGGGUAAUAUUGACAAUGAGGACAACGAGGACUCGCUGAUGGCAGAAGUGGAGGAUGAAGCCUCGCCCCCUCACGCAUGCCAUGAGGAAGUUUGGGCAUUGUUUGAGAGCAUCUGGAACAACGUGUGUCAGAUUAGUUCGGCUCUGUUCUCAGUGUUACACUACAGUCCGGGAGCCACUGAGCCCAGUCCGCGAGCCACCACACCCCCACCUCAGGAAGCCCUCUCUUGCCUCCACAGGCUCUCCUCUGCCCUUAAACAGCUCCUGGGGGCUCUUCAUAGGGUGUUAUCUGUGGACGGCAGUGUUCAGGAUGCACAGCUACUUCUCUCCUUCAUUCAAACCAGUGAGAUUGCUGCUAUGGAGCCACGCUUCACCGCCAGGGACCUGUUUGAUUUCGUAUCUCAACAGGAAUACCGGGAAAAGCUGCGUGUAGGUGGUGCGCAGCUGUCUGAACUUAGUGCAAAUCUGGAUCACUGCACUGCUUCUUUGAGCUACUGGACCUGAUUUACCUCCCAACACUCCUUCUUUGGACCCAACUACAAAAAAGCUCCUCACAUUUGACCAUCCUGGUUUUUGAUAGCAGAGUGUCUUCUGAUGUCAUAACCUGAUGCCAACAUAUGUGCUAGUUACACCGCAUUCUAGUUUGUGUAAUAGUUGCAAUAUUUUUUUUUAUUUGUUUUAAAAUAUAUUUCAAUAUUUAUUAAGCUGUGAUUUAAAAGUUUUUCAUUGCUUACGGAUAGUUCACCCAAAAAUGAAAAUUCUGUCAUUUACUCUCCUUCUUGUCAUUUCAAACCUGUAUGACUUUCUUUCUUCCGCAAAACACAAAAAACGAUAUUUUGAAGAAUGUUGGUAAAAAAUAUUUUCUUUUGUGUUCUGCAGAAGAAAGAAACACAUUUGAAAUGACAAGAGGUAAGUAAUGAUGACAGAAUUUCACUUUUGGGUGAACUUUCUCUAAUACAGGCCCUGGUUGUAAAACUUGCACUGUUUUAGAGAAGAAUUAGUGGUUUUAUUCAUUACAGCAGUGGGAAGAAUUGUUUAAUCUUCCCUCUGCCACUCUGUUCAAAAUCUUUUUGAAGUUGCUGUUAUGGCAACUGGUCAUUAUUGCAUGGAGUUAGAAGCAAAGAUGUUACCUAAUGAUUCUCUCACACACUGCAUGGUUCAUCAGGUCUUUGAGGCUUUCCGUAAUUAAAUUAGUUACAUGUCAAAAUCUGCUUUCCUGGGCGUCACUCAUCAAACUAUCUUGAUAUUGUCCGUUUGUUCUGUUCAGAGCUUUUCAUUCUGCUACUGCUGAUGAUGCAAUUCUAGCAUAUAAACCUCAGCACCCUAAAUUAUAUCUGUUCUUUUGUUUAAUAUUCUCUUUUUUAAUUCCUAAUCAUUUCCAGUUUCUGUAAAAAGGAGCUGAAUCUAUUGUGUGAAGCAGAAAAUGCAAUAGAUACUAAAUACUCCUCACCUCAGAAUGUAAACAUGGGCCUAUUCAGAUAUGCAAUUCAGCAAGAAUCUUAUUUUACGUUUUGACUUGUACAUAUUUCUAUUUGUAUUAAAGUGUGAAUAGACAAAAGUUGUAUAUUUUUCUUUACAUCUGUUUGCAUUUUGAUUAAAACAUUGCAU